AUGAGCCAACUCGAUCCGUCGUGCACUGCACCUCGCGACACAACGCUCUCCUCGUACAAGCCCAAUACAAUGCCGUCGAAGUCGUUGACGCUCAUACUGGCCGCCACGCCAUCGCUCGGCAUUGGAAAAUCAGGCGGUCUACCCUGGCCACAACUCAAGCAAGAAAUGGGAUAUUUCGCACGCGUCACAAAACGGACUUGGCCAACGGGUAUAUCAGAGGGCGACGCAGCGGGGCAGAUGGCGGAGAAGAGAACAAGGAUGAAUGCGGUGGUGAUGGGGCGGAAGACGUGGGAUUCCAUACCGGAGCGUUUCAGGCCUUUGGCGGGGAGGGUGAAUGUCGUCGUUACGCGGGACACAAAUGCGUUUACAAAGACCCUGGGGAACGGAGAAGAACAAGGAGGGAGGACAGGCAAUACCCCAAGUCCGUUGGUCGCGAGCAGUGUGUCAGACGCGCUCCAGCAGUUACAGAGCGACAAGGUCGGCAUAGAGGUCGACAAGAUCAUGGUCAUCGGCGGCGCAAGCAUCUAUGAGCAGGCGCUGAAACGGAAGGAGGCGAAGCACGUCCUGUUGACAAAGAUCCAGAGGGAGUACGAGUGUGAUACUUUCUUCAGCGAAGACUUGGAUGGAACGAACUGGAAGAAAGCCAGCCCAGAAGAAUUGAAAGAGUUCACUGGGGAAGCCUUCGAACACGGUACAGAGGUCGAGGAGAAGGAUGUGCGAUUUGAGUUUUGCUUGUAUAAUCGUGUGGCGUAG